CAUAAUUUAAGCCAUACACGCUUCAUAGGUAUUUUAACUUAUAAAGUCCCUUCCCUGUGUUUGAGGUGUGCCUGCGCAUUAGGUACGGACAUUAAUAACCACCCCGGCUGCCCGGCCGAGAGACAGGUUUUUUAGACUCGGCGUUGACGUCAUGACCGAACCAACCAUUUUGCCAUCAACCUGUUCUACACUGCUGAUCCAAGGUUCGACCGAGAAUUAAUCAUAGAUCCAAGUGUUGUAGAUGAUGUUAGAUAUUUUAUUAGCUGCUCGAAAGUAAAUCCAUACAACUCCUAAAAAAAAAAAAAAUCAGUGUCUCGAUCUCAUAUCGGUUUAUUCCAAUGAGAAAUAUGGGAAUUAACUUGCCCGAUAUCGUAAACGCCGUCAUGCCGGAUCGUGGUAACGGAAACGUAGGAAUCAUCUCGUCUAACCUUGGUCCCAAUCAUAAUGAAAACGGGUUUCUCUCCAGCGACUUCCCGCAUUCUACCCCGAGGUUAUAUAUUACUGCCGAAGACGACGAGUUUGACCUAGUCACUCUAAAUGAUUGGAGAGACGAGGGGUUCAUCGUCGAAUAUAUCCCCAUGGGCGGCGGCGGUAAUGAAUAUCGAAUGAAGCUAGAAUCCUUAAGCAGGACCAACUUAGGCCCCUGCGAAACCUACGGCAUCAUCGCGUACGGAGAUGCCGCCAGUUUCUGCAUGGAGCACUUUCACAUUCUAGAUAACAAUCCCGAGUUCAAGCUCUGUUGUCUUAUCGCCUAUUAUCCUACGCGUAUUCCAGACACGCGUACCAAGUUUCCCGGCGGCAUCCAUGUGCUUGUUCACCUAACAACCGGUGAAGAAGUCGGCAUCGUGAAGCAGACCCAGAUAGUCGGCGUCCAGGGGAAGAAAAGGAUCUCAAAAUGGAAAGUCGAUCGUGGUAUGGGCGCUGGCGGAACCAUGCAGGCAUCGUACCCAAGCUACACAUACAAUGCGCUGCCCGGCUUUGCGGAACGUGACCUGGAUGAGUUUGACAGGGUCAGCGCAGAGCUUAGCUGGAGCAGAAGUUUAGCAACGGCACGUAGAGCUUUUCGAAGAGACGUUGAUCUAGAAACGGUGCUGGACCAGAAUGUUGAAAGCAAAUUCUAUAAUCGCCAUUUGCAGCAGGCCAUAUCGACUUAUUCCACUCACAAGAGCCCUCAUGUUACCUAUACCCCUACCUUAACCGGGGCCAUUGGCUCCGAUGAGCUCCAGAAAUUUUACUCCGAGUUCUUCAUCGACAAAAACCCGCAAUCCCUCAAGCUCACUUUACUCUCGCGUACUAUCGGUGCCGACCGUGUUGUCGACGAGCUGCACGUCGCUUUCAAACACACGCAAGACAUGCCUUGGAUACUUCCAGGGGUACCGCCAACUAAUAAGAAAGUCGAGAUUCUUGUCGUAAGCAUCGUGACUUUUCGUGGCGGCAAGCUAUAUCACAAACACAUCUACUGGGACCAGGCUAGCGUGCUCGUGCAAGUAGGUCUAUUGGAUCCCAAGGCGGUACCGAAGAAUGCUAGCGAGGCAGGAGUCAAGCGGCUACCAGUGAUUGGUAGACGGGCAGCUAGGAGCGUACUUGCGGGAUACGACGAGGGUGACGAGGGCGAGGCCACGAACGAAUUGAUACCAGAGUGGGAUGACGAAGAAGAUGACGAGGUUGGUGACACAGCAGAGGCGGGCGACAAGAGUAACGGUGCCAAGACUGAGGAGACAAAAGGGGGCGAGAAGGAGACAGGCGGAUUGGAGGAUAAGGAAUCUGAACGAUCGGCACCGGGUCAAGAAAAGGAUCAAGAUGCGAAAACAGAGGGAGACUGACGGCGGUUGCCGUGCGUUUGGGAAUAGGAGCCUUGGAUGAUUCUUUGUUGAAAUAGAUUGGCCAUUCGUCCCAACCUAAGGUUGACUACCUCACUAUUAGUGCCGUUUCUUUCUGAGACAUCUCUGUAAGGUAAAGAUUUCAAAAGAGGUAAACUUGCUUUUGGAGGUUUGGGGGUUUACCAUAGAUAGGAGGUAUGUACAUAUAGUUGCUAAGACGAUAGAUCUGAAACGAAAUAGCUGACAACCUAAACUAGAACUGUUUUCACUUCACGGCUUAUGCAGAGAUGACUUUGACUUUAGGUUGGGUCAAUGCAUGUAUUGGAAUACAUGUUUUAGGAAACACCUGUAUCUGGUCCUUACAAGUUGUUUACAAGCAUUAGUUAUGAAGUAGUUAACCAUCAUGAUCGCAGAGGAUUAACUUAGUUUUUUCUUUAUUCAAGUAAAUAAUAGUUAGCACGACUCCAUGCUAUUUCAAGCUUGACUCGAGGAGAUUCUAAAGAUGCGCAAGUCUUAGGUCUACG